AGGGGACAUCACCAUCACCAUGUUUCUUUUCCUAAAGAUGUCCAUUACAUUACGGUUGAAAGGUUGCACCAGUUUUUCUCCUAAACCAGAAUUUCGCAACUUCUUUCCGCAGGCCGCAUUAUGGGAUUUCCAUUUCCUUCUCCCGCCAUCUUUUCCAUUGCAAUUCUUUUCUUCGUUAUCUCCUCCUACUCUUCUCUUGCCUCCUCGGUGACCAAGAAACAUUUCAUGUACAAAGGAUCUUCUCUGUUAGUUGAAGAUUACCUUUCGGACCUACUCACCUCCCCCGACGAAACCUUUACCUGUGGAUUUUACAGAUUUGGAACAAACAACCGUUUUAGUUUCUCAAUCUGGUUCACCAACUCUGAAGAAGGGAGUAGUCAAGGGACCGUGGUGUGGACGGCCAACCGACAGCAUCCAGUGAACGGCCGAGGCUCCAGAGUUUCGCUGCAACGAGAUGGCACCAUGGUCCUUACCGACGUCGAUGGCUCAAUUGUCUGGUUCAUCAACACCAACACCACCGGCACCGGUGUGGACAAAGCCGAACUCUUGAACACGGGGAACCUCGUUUUGAAGGAUCCAUUUGGUAAAAUCCUUUGGCAAAGCUUUGACUCUCCUACUGAUACUCUUCUUCCUUCACAACCCCUCACCAGACACACCAAACUGGUCUCUGCAAUGGCCAUUGGAACUCAUGCUUCGGGUUAUUUCACUUUCAACUUCGACAGCGACAGUGUGUUGAGGUUAAUGUAUGAUGGGCCUGAGGUUUCUAGCUUGUAUUGGCCUGACCCUGAUUUCACCAUAUUUGAGAAUGGCAGAACAAAUUACAACAGCAGCAGGAUUGCGCUACUUGACGACAUGGGUGCUUUUCUAUCAAGCGACAGAACCAACUUUUUUGCCUCUGAUUUGGGUUCUGGGAUUAAAAGGCGAUUAACGUUGGAUUAUGAUGGUAAUCUUAGACUCUAUAGCUUGGAUGAAUCAACCAAGUCAUGGACGGUUACAUGGGAAGCUCUGCCACGACCGUGCGAUAUCCAUGGGCUGUGUGGUAGGAACGGUGUUUGUACUUACACACCAAAACCAAAGUGUUCAUGCCCACCAGGUUAUGAGAUAGUUGACCCGUCUGAUUGGAGCAAAGGUUGCAGGCCCAAAUUUAACUGGACAUGCGACCAAACCCAGCAAUACACAUUCGUGGAGGUUCCACAUACAGACUUCUGGGGAUAUGAUCUUGAUUAUAGACCGUCGUCGUCGCUAGAACACUGCAUGAAGCUCUGCUUGGAGAACUGCUCCUGUGAGGUUUUUGUUUAUAGGUUAAUGAAAGGAACGCAAAACUGUUAUAUGAAAUUUGCGCUUUUUAAUGGGCGUAGUGCUUCAGAUUUUCCAGGCAGUGCAUAUUUGAAACUGCCGAGAAGUUUGAAUCUAACAUCAGCAAAGACAGCUGCUUCCACUACUCUCGUAACAUCUGAUUAUACUUGUAGACCUGAAGAGGUUGAUCCAGUUGAGGUGGGUUCCUCCCAGACGUACAAUGCAAACAACAGAAGGACAAGAUGGGUUUAUCUCUACAUGUUUGUUUUUGCAAUUGGUAUCAUUGAAAUUCUAUUCCUUGCAUCGGGUUGGUGGUGCCUUUAUAGAAGAGGAGAUGGGGUGUCAAAGUCGACGGCGAACGGAUACCAUACAUUAUCCAGUGAGUUUAGGAUGUUUACUUAUUCUGAGCUGAAGAAGGCAACCGGAAUGUUUAAGGAAGAGUUGGGGAGAGGUGGCUCCGGGGCUGUUUACAAGGGAGUUUUGCAAGAUGAUAGAGUGGUGGCGGUAAAGAAACUAGGAGACGUGCUUCAAGGAGAAGAAGAGUUACGGGCUGAAGUGAUUACAUUUGGGAGAGUCAACCACAUGAACCUAGUGAAAAUGUGGGGGUUCUGUUCAGAAGGAACCCACAGGCUAUUGGUGUAUGAGUACAUUGAGAAUGGGUCACUGAACAACUACCUCUUUUCUAAUGCCAGCAAUAAUAGCAACAACGGAGCUAUUUUACUGAAUUGGAGGGAGAGGUUUAGAAUUGCUUUAGGGACUGCCAAGGGUUUAGCUUACCUACACCAUGAGUGUCUGGAGUGGGUUAUCCACUGUGAUGUGAAGCCUGAAAAUAUACUCCUCGAUGGCAAUUUUGAACCUAAAAUAGCCGACUUUGGACUGGCAAAGUUGUCUAAAAGGGGUGGAUCUGGUUGCCAGUUCACUAGAAUCCGAGGAACAAAGGGGUACAUGGCUCCAGAAUGGUUUCUAAACCUUCCCAUCACUGCAAAAGUUGAUGUUUAUAGUUAUGGAGUUGUAAUUCUAGAAAUUGUAAAGGGCAGUCGACUUUCGGACUGGGUGGUUGUCGAUGGAGAGGAGGAGGCUGAGCUCAUAAGAUUUCUUUGGGUGGCGAGGAAGAAGAUUGCUGAAUGCAAAGAUGACUCAUGGGUUGAAGAUAUGGUGGAUCCGGCAUUGAAAGGGCAGUUCAACCAGCAACAAGCAGCAAUAAUGAUUGAAAUAGGAAUCUCUUGCGUGGAGGAGGAUAGAAGCAGAAGGCCAACCAUGGAUGCAGUGGUGCAAACUCUAUUAGACUGUGAAGACGAUCCUAAACUAGUGCUUUAAACAUUCUGUAAAUCUUUCUGUGCAUGGAAAUAUUCUGUAUGCAUCUAUCAUGUAUGCCUUGUAUACUUUGCUUGAUAAAACUCUAGCUGCAACUCUAUCUGAACAAACAAUUUCUUAA